UCUUAGCAAUUUUUGCCACCAAGUACAUUAUAGUCCGUCGAUCCAAGAGUAAGGACGUCCCUAGGGUUCCUAGCCGCCGCCGGCCCGCCGCCACUACUGCCGGCCCUCCGCUGCGGCCUGCCCAGCCAGCCGAAGCCUCCGCUGCCCCGCCUCCGGUACAGGAGCACAGCAGCGCCUCCUCCCCUGGAGCAGCCGCUCCCGCCCGGCAACUCCGCCGCCCGGAGCUACGCCGGCGACCAGUCCAUAGGCAGACAAACGCUGCAUUUCCUAGAUGAAGCACAUAUUCAAGAUCAUCGCGGUGCUGGCGGCGAUCUCGGCCGUCUGGGUUGCGCUCCUUGAAACCUCGACAGUUCCUCGCAGUUAUACUUGGCUGCUUCCCAUCUACUUGGUAGUGGCGCUUGGAUGCUACGGCCUUUUCAUGGUUGGGUAUGGGCUGAUGUUCUUUCCCACUUGUCCUCGAGAAGCCAUACUACUACAGCAGGAUAUUGUGGAGGCAAAGGAAUUCUUAUCCAAAAGGGGUGUUGAUGUGGGCUCCGACUGAGGUCAAUUCCAGUGUUUAAUUUUUUAUGACCAGUUUGAAGCUUCCUGGGUACCAUAGCUAGAAAAAGGUUAUGCCAUUUCACUAUGUUUAUAUAUUGUUACUAACACAGUUUUGGUGAGUGGCGUGUUACACUACAUUUGAGGUGGAUGGCUUGUCACGAUACUACUUGUGUCAGAAAACAUUGCGAGAACAACUAAUGAAUGGUUCAUUAACAAGGCCAUCAGUGUUCAUGAUAUGUUUGCUCUGUAACCAUCCAGAUUUCAUCACUGAAUGCGUAUCAGUUUGUGCUCUGCAGUAUCACCUUUGGUGAUGCUUUGAAUUGCUAGCUCUUUUGAUGGUUCAGUUCUAGUAUGUCUAAGUUUCUGUGCAGUGCAGAUUUCUUUCAUUUGGCAACUCUGGAACUUCUCAAAUUCAGCAAAGUGUUGUCUCAUUGGCACUUUGAAGUUUGAACUCCUCAUGAUUAACAAAAGAUCAUUGUACCUUCGCUGAUACCAUUAUUGCUCCAUGUUCACAAAACAAUUGUAGAA